AUUCCUCCCCGGUUAUUUCUAUUGAUCACAUGUAUGGGUAUAUAAUGAUGGGUGUAUUUACAGAAAGGUUGUGAUAAUAAGAAUUGGAGCGCUAUAAACACAACCACCGCUUGUCUUAAGUGUCCCAUAAUAUUUCUAGUGGUGGGGGGUGUAAUUCUCCUCCUUAUCUCCUGUCUGACUGUUUACUAUACAGCCGGGUGCCCGGGGAUAACACCGCGGUGCCCAUCACAAGUGCCAACAUCUGUACGAGCCAUUGACAAAAUAGAGCGCUCGUAAACAAGGCAAGGCAUGGAGUGGGCGGGGCCGCACGCUGUCCAAUCGUAGUGUGCACAGGCGGCUACAUCAGCCAAUGAGGGGGUGGCUGCCGGGACAGUGAGUCCGGGACUGUGCUGGGGUUGAGUGCGCUGUGUGGCCGGUGAGCUAUUAUAAAGCGGCUGCUGUCCCUGCACGUCCUGUCACUGUCACCAUUACCUGGAUAUAGCCGCACACUGUGGAGGAUUAGGGCUCCCAGCCUGGUGGAUGCUGCUUCCCCCACCCUACAUCACUCUGCACUGUUAAGAGGACACACUGCAGAGUAAGGUACCUGCCAUGUUCGAGAUGCAGCCGGUGUCUGUCCCUUCUUCUUCCCCCUCCACCUCAUCCUCCUCCCCACACUCCUCAUACUCAUCCUCCCUGGCAGGGGACCUGGAGAUUGAUGUAGAGGGUUUGGAGCUGGAGGGAGAUAGCCGGCACCCGGAGCCCCGCAGGACGGCAGAGACCGAAGAAGAGGAUGAGGAGGAUGAAGAGCAGGACGGGGAGGGAGCGGCGCACACGCAACCGCCGCACCAGAACAAGACUGCGGACAAGGGGGGAGAACAGAGGAAGCUGAGCAGGACCCCCAAGUGUGCCCGUUGUAGGAAUCACGGGGUCGUGUCCUGCCUCAAGGGCCACAAACGUUUUUGUCGCUGGAGGGACUGCCAGUGUGCCAACUGCCUGUUGGUGGUGGAGAGGCAGAGAGUUAUGGCGGCUCAGGUGGCACUCAGGAGGCAGCAGGCCACUGAGGAUAAAAAAGGCUUGACGGGAAAGCCUACUGUAACCGAGAGGAAAACUGUCUACCAGAGACAUAUUAGGACCCCCAGCUUGCUGGCUAAGAGCAUAUUAGAAGGUUAUCGUCCACUGCCAGCAGAUUCUUAUAUGGGGCCCAACUCCCCACUGCCAGCUCCAGUCAGUGACAGGAUGAGGAAGAGACGGGCUUUUGCUGAUAAGGAACUGGAGAACAUUAUGUUAGAGAGGGAAUACAAAGAGAGAGAAAUGCUGGAGGCUUCUCAGGCUUCCAACCUUUUUCUACCCAGUCGUAUGGUACACGCUGCAGAGUACAACUCCUACAAAGCUGCUUAUGGAAGCGCACAGGUUGACAACCCCAACAAAGAAUUUUGCAACUUCUUGCCCACUUGCCUUGAUCUCACAAUGCAGUAUUCAGGGUCAGGGAAUGUGGAACUGAUUUCUUCUAAUGUUAGUGUGGCCACAACAUACAGACAAUACCCUGUACCCUCCAGAUUCUUAGCUUGGCCAAAAAGUGGUCCAAUCACCGAUGCCCUUCUAUAUCAACAGUGCCUAUUAAAUGCAACAGCCAUGCAGGCACUAAAGCCUGGGCCAAACUGGGACUCCAAAUCCAGCCCGGUGAUUGAAUGUCAGCCCACAGAACAGGACCUGGUACCACCCAAAAUGGAAACCCAAAUGAUUCACCCUCAGCACAUUCCCCAGGACAGUGGAGAAAGAUCGGCAUUUUCGCCACCAAAAAGGAACUUUUCACAGCUCUCUAACAAGGACCAUUUGUCUCCCCCAGAGAACUUAAUAAACAAGAUCAGCAAGGAAUCCGUCAAACAGCCGUUGUCUUUAAAGUAUAGCCCCUUCCACUCGUUAUUUCAACAAGCACAUCUUGAGAAGUCAUUGUCUGAGCUCAAACCUCCUUGUAUCAAAGACCCCUAUGAAGAACCUGCAAAGAAAUUCAGAGAAUGUUCAUCCAAGGAAAACCAGAAAUACAAAUUAACUAUUGACAGGUACAACAAGGACUUUUUCCUAGGGAAAGAUGCGGGGACAAAACUUUCUGUCAAUGAGCCCCUACCAUUUUCUGUUGAAUCAAUCCUCAAGAUGCCAUCAAGCACGGCACAACGUUCCAGUCAAUAGGCAGUAGUGGCUACUGGAUUAGCUGCUGCCAGCCACCCGAAUUCCUUCAUAAUGAAGCCCUUAAAGUCGUAGGACAGUGUACAGAAUAUACACUUGCAUGAUGCUACUCUUUUUGUACAAAUGACAAUAUUUAAAUGGAAAAAUAUGAUCUGCAUAUGUGAAUUGUAAAAUAUUUGAAUAUAAAACAAAAAUUUAUAGAAAUAAUAAAA